AUGUGGUACUUUGACACCUUUGCCAAGAUACUUGCAAUGGAGGGUGAAUCCCGCUUGAGCAGAGUCGGUCUAGUUCACAAGUACAUAAGAAGAAUCUUUCUGAAUCACUUUGGCUCCGACAUCCUCAGAGAAAAGCUGCUUCAGCAAAUAGAGGAAGGGGUUGAGAGAUGUCUAAGAAUGUGGUCUAGCCAACCGUGCAUCGAAGUGAAACAAGCUGCUUCUGCUAUGAUGUUCGAUUUCGCGGGGAAGCAACUUUUUAGUUAUGAUGCUGAUGAGGCUUCAGCAGACGCUACCAAUGAGUGGAGCAACAGGUUCUUAAGAGGUUUCAUGGCAUUUCCCUUGAAUGUCCCUGGUACUGCAUACCGUAGGUGCCUAAAGGAACACAGGAAAUUGAUAGAUAUGCUCAAAGGUAUCCUGAGGGAGAGACUCAAUUCAGGGAAAACAAGCAAUGUGGAUUUUCUUGAUCAGGCAAUUGACAGCAUGCCCGAUCAGGAGUUCCUGACAGAGGAUUUCAUAGUUCAGUUGAUGUUUGCGGGCAUCUUCGCAAGUUCUGAGUCUAUUUCGACAAUGCUGGCUAUGAUCUUCAAGCUACUGUCUGAGACCCCAGCAGUCCUAGCAGAAUUAAGGGCCGAGCACAAACUGAUCCUUGAAAAGAGAGAGCAUCAAAGUACUGCACUUUGUUGGGAUGAAUACAAGUCGAUGACUUUCACGAUGCAGGUAAUAAAUGAAACACUCAGGCUGGCAAAUACCAUUCCAGGGGUACUCCGAAGAGCAUUACAAGAUAUCCCAGUGAAAGGAUUUACGAUCCCAAAAGGGUGGUCGAUCAUGGUAGUCACGACCGCUCUUCAUAUGAAUCACAAUGUGUUUGAGAAUCCUCUUGAAUUUAACCCUUGGCGCUGGAAGGAUCUUGAUUCAGGCACAAUAUCGCAGAACUUCACGCCUUUUGGUGGAGGAAUGAGACAAUGUGUGGGUGCAGAAUACACUCGAGCCUUCUUAUGUGCAUUUCUUCAUGUGUUGGUCACAAAGUUUAGGUAG